UGUCUCUCACUCUCUCUUUCUCUUCUUCCCUCUGUCUCUCUGUCUCUCUGUCUCUCUAUCUCUCUGUCUCUCUGGUUGAUUGCACACCACCCCUCGUCUGUGCUCAGAAAUAGAAAAAACAUAAACAUUUGGAAGCGGAAGCCGCGUUGUCUCUGAUUCGAAAGCGAAACUGCAUACAGUUGCGAACGUGUUGUCUGUGCCUUGUUGAUCUGAAUUCGGAACCUAAGGUAAUGAUCAGAUGGCUGUGGUGGUUUAUUGUAGCUGAAAGCUUUGCAGUGUAGACUAGUAUAGAUCUAUAUCUAGACUCUAGAUGAUGUAUCGUGUAGAACCAAACAAGACCCACAGAGUCUCCCGAGGGAGAGAGACCAGAUCUAGACCUCCUUAGAUCUAUAUAUCUAGAUAUAAAUUAUUAUAAAUAUAAAUAUAGAUCUAGAAUCUAGAAUGUAGACCUAGGCCUAGGCUUGCCUCUCCUUCUUAGUAGUCCCUCACUUAUUAUAACUAACUAAUGUCCACUGGAACUGCAUGCAAUGUACUGGCCUUUGUAGAGCUAAAUCUAAGUUUGUUUGAAGUUUGAUGGGAAUAGCACACAGUGAGCCUAACCCUAAUUACUAAUACUAAUACUAAUUUAGUAAAACAAAUUUAAGCUUCCUCUAUUACCGAGUAUUGGCAUUCACUACUUAAUGACUAGAUUCUAGAUCUAAUGGCAAUGUUAGAUCUAUCUCAGCUGGGCACUUUGUAGAGCUAAAUCUAGGGUUGUUUAGAAAAGCGUUUGAUUGUAUAUCACACGGUGAGUCGAACGCUUAGUCAACCAAGUAAGCUUCCUAUUACUAUUAUUAUCAUUACCGACUUAAAAUGACAUUCACUAACAAAUGACUAUAAUGGCAAUGCUCAAUGCUAGAUCUAGGGUUGUUUAGUGUUUGAUUGGAAAUGUCACACAGUGAGCCGAACGGUUUUAACUAAUUAAAAGUUGGGGGCUCGGGUGACUAAUCAACUAAGUGAGUAGGCCUAGAUCUCGAACCGUCAUUUCAGUUUGGGAAAUUUUUCGCAGCUCGUCCGACACAAAAGCAUAAGCCUAGAUUUUUUGUCGAAUAACUUUCGAUCCCGUUUACUUUUAACCUAGAUUCUCUAAACGGCACUCUUCGAGGGAAGUGGUCCCGGCUUAACACCAUAGAAAUAACACUAAGACUUGUAGUCAGAAACAAAAACACAAGUCGAGUAAAAAAGCUGUCUUCGGUAAUUUUUUUCCCUUACUUCAAGUUUAGAAUAUUUCCCACAUUAAUUUUUUAAUCGGCUUCCUUUUUUGUUUCCGAUUGCAAGUGUUAUUUCUACGGAAUUAGGCCGGGACUACUUCUCCCGAAGAGUGCCCUCUAAACGAGUGACAACCCCGUUUUGUUUUUUCGAGCAAAACUUUUUUCAACGUUAUAGAUUGGUGUGGAAGGGCACUUUUCUUAGAGAGGCCAGAAUAUUGCUCGAUAUGAGUCGGGCGGAACUAUUUUCUUACGGAUAUUGAUAAGUAAAUGGGACAAACUGAUACAAGACCGGGAACGGUAGCUCGAUAACAUUAACAAUCAGUGCCGUCUGUCUCAAGUCAUCCGUAAGAAAAUCGUGUCUUUUCAUCGGACAGGCUACAGCACGGGCAAAAAUAGUUUUGGUGUCGACGGACAUCCCCGCUCCGUCCCUCAUGUUUAAACUGACUGCGUCAGUGUCGUUCUGUAGGUAUUAAUUUUAAAUAACGUUUCCAAGCCCUCUGACCUGGUAACCGUAACAGUUUUGGUCAGGUCCAUUUUUCCCCUUCUCUUUCCCCCGAUCUCGGAAUCUUCGCGGAGAGGAGCAGCGCCAGCCGUUUGCCAGCGACGAGGAGACGAUCUCGGAAUCUUCGCGGACGCAGUAUCAUGUCUGGAGAGGAACAGCCCCAGCCGUUUGCCAGCGACGAGGAGAUGAUCUCGGAAUCUUCGCGGAGGCAGUAUCAUGUCUGGAGAGGAACAGCCCCAGCCGUUUGCCAGCGACGAGGAGAUGAUCUCAGAAUCUUCGCGGACGCAUUAUCAUGUCUGGAGAGGAACAGCCCCAUCCGUUUGCCAGCGACGAGGAGAUGUAUCAUGUCUGGAGAGGAGCAGCCCCAGCCGUUUGCCAGCGACGAGGAGACGAUCUCGGAAUCUUCGCGGACGCAUUAUCAUGUCUGGAGAGGAACAGCCCCAGCCGUUUGCCAGCGACGAGGAGAUGUAUCAUGUCUGGAGAGGAGCAGCCCCAGCCGUUUGCCAGCGACGAGGAGACGAUCUCGGAAUCUUCGCGGACGCAUUAUCAUGUCUGGAGAGGAACAGCCCCAGCCGUUUGCCAGCGACGAGGAGAUGAACUCGGAGUCUUCGCGGGCACCAGACGGAGCCAGGCAUAUCUUGCCCAUAAUCAUAGAGGAGCCAGAGCCUAUUUCUAGUGACGAGGAGAUGAACUCGGAGUCUUCGCGGGCACCAGACGGAGCCAGGCAUAUCUUGCCCAUAAUCAUAGAGGAGCCAGAGCCUAUUUCUAGUGACGAGGAGAUGAGUUUCCUCGACGUGACCCUGAGCCUGGCUUCUAAGGGAACGACAAAGUAUUCCAAUAUGGGAAAUGAGACUAGUUGAUGCAUGUGUGUGUAGUUUGUGUCUUUGUUCUUAUUUAGCAUGAUAAGACGCCUCAGUUGAUGCUUUUGAUGUUAAGGAGCGGGCCUGUCUCCGUAGGAUUUAAUAGUCCCUUCAGCUUCCUGCUUCCGUAUCUGUGGCCAGUCCAGUUUGUCCGUGUGUCUCAUGCGUGGUUUGUUCCUAGCUUGAGACUGAGGCAGCAGUACCUUUGUGAGUGUGAUGGGGUUGGGGGUAAGGUGUGAAGUAAAAAAGUUGAUGAAAUUUGAAGAGAAGCGAGGGGGAGGGGGGUGUAGAUCAUUUUUUCGAUAAGCUGCACUUUUGAGUAAUCACUGUAUUUUAAAGAAUCCGUUUUGAUGCAAGUGUAAUAGGUAACAGCUUUUUGGGGGCAUGAGCUGUUUCCAUCUUUCAACCAGUUUGGGGAACUCUUUCUGAGGGGUUAGGGGUUAGUGGGGAACUGACCCCUGACCCCUCAUUACGUAAGAUGUCAGUUUCGGCUGUUGGGGGGGGGGGGUUGGGGGAAGUGCAGGGGGUGAUAAAAUUAUGUGGGGUGACAGGUGUCCGCGGGGAACUGGAACUGGCCCACGUCACCGGUUAUGGGAAAAUAGCAAGUUCUUUAACGGCGUCAGCAGGUAUCGGGUACGGGACCAAAUUGUAGGGAACGUUUUUGUUAUCGCUUAUUUGUUUUGUCUUCCACAGCUCACAGACUUCCCCUCCCCACUCCCCCCCUUGCGGAAGUCGGAAGUACCGGGCCUCACCGUGGCGCAAGGGUGUAACGCUCUGUU